AUGUCACUACUGUGGCUUCCUAAUGUUUAUGAAGAACGUUCAGCAUCACUCAUUGCUCAUUGUAUGCGUCUACAAUUAACGACUGGUGAAAAACAGUAUGAAGAAUCUGUUCAUCAUGUCAGACAGAAAAGAAAACCUCUUUACUUUAUUUUCGUCAUUCGAACUAAACGAUUCGCUUACUGUUCCGUUCCAAAAGUAGCCACAAAAACUGUUCUUGGCAGCGUCACAUAUGCUCAUCUACGUGAACUUCGUGAACAUCUCUCAAGCAAUCGAUCCAAUGUUGAUUUUACUCGAGUACCGCCCGAAAAACUAAUUCAUAUACGUGCUGUUUCAAGGAUACUUGGAAAGCAUUCGAUAUUCAUUGGGAAUACUACGAAAUCUCCAACAGUUAUCGAUCUCAUCGAUUCUCUACUUAGUUUGCUUCGCCUUGACGGUAUCAAUGUGAAGCCUUUUCCUCCAUCGUUUGAUAUCUGGCAUUUUUAUGAGACCUCUGUAUUCCCAUACAUAAAUCUAGAAUUUUUAUCCAAUGCAUCUCGAUUACUGUCUUCGCCGUUCACUCGUGCCAUAUUCGUGCGACAUCCGUUUGAACGUCUCGCCGCCGCGUAUACAGAAAAAAUUGCGACACUCGAAAAAGAUAGAAUUCGAUCAGAAUCUUAUUAUAAUCAAAUGCGUCAGUCAAUCUGUCUUCAAUAUUUUAAAUUCAAUGGGUUCUUAGAUCUGUCGGAAAAGAACAGGCUUUGUGAAAACAUUAUUCCUUCAUUUCAGCAUUUUAUUGCGAGUUUUCUUCAAAAUCACAUAAUUCUUGGUGAUAUCGAUCCACAUUGGCAGCCAUACUCGUCGCUCUGCAGUGUAUGCAAUCUAAGGUACAACUUGAUUGGCAAAUAUGAAACAUUUGACAAGGACUAUCCGUAUUUUUUGAAAUUGCUCAAUUUAUCUGAUUGGGAUUCUCAAAGACGGCGUGGUAGUACACACCGAACAAACAAAGAUUACAAACAAUUGUAUGUCAACCUGCCUGAUGAAAUGAUAUGCCGACUGAGAAAUCUAUAUAGUGAUGACUUGCAAAUUUUCAACUAUCGAUUAGAAGAUUAUAUUGAUCGACCUAUGCUUAAGUGUAGUAGUGAUUCGCUCAAGAAAUAA